UAUCUGGAUUCUUUGCUUCCUCUGUUUCGCUUUUACUUGCCGUUCAGCAACAGGUUGAUGCCUGAAGCGAGGACGACGUUAGUUUCGAAUGUUGUUCCUUUUUGUGGAAUGCAAAAUGCGAUUCCUGUUAUUGUUCUAUCCAUUACGGUCAAUUUUCUUUGGGGGUCAUCGUGUAAACCUGUGAUGCUUGGUUGAUUUGCCGAGCGUGUUCAUUGAUCAUUGACUUGCGUGGGUAAUGGUCUGAAUCUUGUUCUUGAUCUCGAGCGUGGUAAUGGUUUAAGCUAUACUAGAGCGCGGUGAGAAUGGAGGUGUUCUGCUCAAAUGUUUUUGAGGUUUCAAGGAGGAGAAAGGUUCAAGAGAGUCACAAGUAUACUCCAACCUCUGCAGAGGAAGGAGACAUUCUAUGUUCCUCAAAGAGGAGGUCUAAUUUUCCGUGCGAGAGAGGGGAUCAACCAAAGAAGUCUGUCGCUUCGUCGAAAAGGAAAAGAAAUUUGCAAAAUGAUUUUUUGGUCAAUAAUUUGGAAGAUGAUGAGGAAACCGUGGUUGCCAAGAUAAGGUCCAGGAGAAGAACUCAUAAAAUGGAGGCCGGGAUGGAUAAAAUAGGCUCAGAAUCAAGUGGAGAGAGUUCAUCCUCGAGCAUUACCGUAUCGCAUUCUCCACCAGCAUCCACGUUGCCUACUUCGGAUUCAAGAGACCAUAUAAAGGACGAUUACAUUGCAACAAGUUGGAGGGACACUAAGCGAAGUCGCUGGAUAUGUCAUCAAUGCAUGAAAAGGGAUAGACUAAGCUAUGUCCCUUGCACCAAAUGUGAACAGAAAUUGUACUGUGAUAAGUGCAUCAAGCAAUGGUAUCCUGAUAUGACAGUAGCAGAAAUUGCUGAGCGUUGCCCAUUUUGCCGUAAAACUUGCAAUUGUAAUGCCUGCUUGCGCUCAAGUGGGAUGAUUAAGACAUCUACAAGGGAUAUCUCUGACAAUGAGAAGUUUCAGCGUCUGCAAUAUUGCAUCAACUUAGUUCGUCCGUUUCUGAGACAAAUUUGCGAAGAACAAGCUCUUGAGGAAGAGAUUGAAGCCAGUAUACAAGGGACAUCACGUUCUGAGAUUAAGAUACUGCAAACUCCUUGCAGUGAUGAUGAACGUGUCUAUUGCAACCAUUGUGCUACUUCAAUUGUUGACCUUCACCGAAGCUGCCCUGAGUGUUCCUAUGAACUGUGCCUCCAAUGUUGCCAAGAAGUUCGCAAUGGAACUAUUUUGCCUAGAGCUGAAAUGAGGUUUCAGUAUGUGAAUAAGGGUUAUGAUUAUAUGCAUGGUGGUGAUCCUCUGCCAGAGUCUUCUGAUUCCAAGACCUCAGAUGAUCCUUGUAUUGAGCAAUCUAUUGAGUGGACUGCAGAAGGCACUGGAAGUGUUUUUUGUGCCCCAAAGGAGUUUGGGGGGUGUGGAAACUGUUUGCUGGAGCUCAAGCAUAUUCUUCCACGGGGCUGGAUAUCUGAACUGGAAGCUAAAGCUGGUGAUUUGUUGAGAAAAUGCGUGACUGUACAAACUUUUCUGAAGCACAAAGAAACAGCAGCAUCAAGCUGCAACUACUCUGUGAGAAGAGCUGCUUCUAGAGAAGACAAUUAUGACAACGACAUAUACUGCCCUUCUUCAAGGGAGACUAUCAAUGAGGGGCUAUCAAUCUUUCAAAGGCAUUGGAUUAAUGGCGAACCUGUCAUAGUUCGUGAUGUUCUUCAACAAGCAACAGGUUUGAGCUGGGAGCCCAUGGUUAUUUGGAGGGCAGUAUGUGCGGCUUCAGAUUCAAAAACCAACCCAAAAAUGUCAGAGGUUAAGACUAUUGAUUGUCUCGCUGGUUGUGAGGUAGAAAUCAGCACUCAUAAGUUCUUUAAAGGUUAUAUGGAAGGAAGAACAUAUAGAAAUCUUUGGCCAGAGAUGCUAAAGCUAAAAGACUGGCCUCCCUCUGAUAAGUUUGAAGAUCUUUUGCCUCGCCAUUGUGAUGAAUUUAUCUGUUCCUUGCCAUUCCAAGAAUACACUGAUCCUCGGGCUGGUAUUCUCAAUCUUGCUGUUAAGUUGCCAAUGCAUGUCUUGAAACCUGACAUGGGUCCAAAAACAUAUAUUGCGUAUGGAAUAAAAGAAGAACUUGGCAGAGGAGAUUCCGUAACAAAGCUUCAUUGUGACAUGUCAGAUGCGGUGAAUAUUUUGACUCAUACAGCAGAAGUAAAGUUAAAUGAUGAGCAAAUCUUGUCUAUUUCAAAGUUGAAAAGAGCACAUAAGGUUCAAGAUCAAAAAGAGAAGUGCUGUGCUGAAAUCGAUGGAAAUGUCUCUCCAAAUAGCACAUUUCUUGAUGUCACUGCAGAAAAUGAAACAAGAGAAGCAGGUGCUGCUCUCUGGGACAUUUUCAGAAGAGAAGAUACUGAGAAGUUAGAAACAUAUUUAAGAAAACACUCAAGAGAAUUCAGACAUACGUUUUGUUCUCCUGUUGAACAGGUUUUCCAUCCCAUUCACGAUCAAUGUUUUUAUUUAACAAUGGAGCACAAGAAGAAACUGAAGGAGGAGUUCGGUAUUGAACCAUGGACAUUUGAGCAGAAACUUGGGGAGGCUGUGUUUAUUCCUGCUGGAUGCCCUCACCAAGUGAGAAAUCUCAUGUCAUGCACAAAAGUUGCUGUGGAUUUUGUGUCCCCAGAAAACCUCCAUGAGUGUCUGCGUUUAACUAAUCAGUUCCGGCAGCUUCCCAAGAACCACAGGGCCAGAGAAGAUAAACUUGAGAUAAAGAAGAUGAUAGUGUAUGCUGCUGACCAGAUUCUCAAAGAUUUUGAGUCCUUGCUCAAGUGUGCUUGAUUGGCUUUGGAGCUUCUUCUGCUACUUAGAAAAGGAUUUUCCUUAGGCCAAAAGCAUCUUGUACAGCGGGAUUGUUUCCGGAGCGUAAUCACUGAUCGUUCCCUUAACGGAACGAGUCCUCAUUGGUAGCUCUGUAUAUAUUUUAGGAAACAGUUUCUUGUAAUUUUCCAUUCAUGAUGAAUAAAUUUAGCUCCUCCCUCAAAAGCUAGAGCUCAUGAUCACAA